GCGAGCUGUUGUCCUUUUUGUUGCCUCUAUUGAGAGUUAACAACAAGAUGGGUCUUGCGAUCAAGAAGCCGGCCGAUGUGCCUGGCAAGACAUGGCCCGCUAUUGUCAUCGGCCUGUUCGUGGCCUUUGGUGGUGUCCUCUUUGGAUAUGAUACCGGCACAAUCUCCGGCAUCCUCGCCAUGCCCUACUUCAUCGAAUCCUUCCGAACCGGCAACAACGAACGCAUCACCGCCAGCGAAGACUCCCUCAUCGUCUCCAUCCUCUCUGCUGGAACUUUCUUCGGAGCCUUGACUGCCGCCCCCGUCUCCGAUCGUCUCGGUCGUCGCUGGGGAUUGAUUUUCUCUUGCGGGAUCGUUUUCAAUCUCGGAGUCAUUUUGCAAACCGCGGCUACUGCGCAGCCUUUGCUCAUUGCUGGACGUUUUUUUGCCGGGUAUGGAGUGGGUUUGCUUUCUGCUAUGGUUCCGCUUUAUCAGUCUGAGACUGCGCCGAAGUGGAUUCGAGGGACGAUUGUGGGGGCUUAUCAGUGGGCUAUUACUAUUGGUCUCUUCCUUGCCGCCAUCGUCAACUACGCCACCAAGAACCGCGACGAUUCUGGAAGUUAUCGUAUCCCCAUCGCGGUCCAAUUCGCCUGGUCAAUUAUCGUCUGUGUUGGCAUGUUCAUUCUGCCAGAGACGCCUCGAUUCUUGAUCAAACAGGAUAAAUCUGAAGCUGCUGCUGCGGCUCUCGCGAAGAUUCGUCGUUUGCCUGCGGAUCACCCGGCUGUUAUUGAAGAGUUAUCUGAGAUUCAGGCGAACCAUAAUUAUGAGUUGAGCUUGGGUAAGAGUUCGUAUUUGGAUAUUGUGAAGGGUUCUAUUGGAAAGCGACUUGCGACUGGUUGUGCUUUGCAGGCUUUGCAGCAGCUUACUGGUGUUAACUUCAUUUUCUACUACGGAACGCAAUAUUUCGAAAACGCCGGUUUCGAGGCUGGUGGCUUUACGAUUCAAGUCAUCACUAACGUCGUCAACGUCGUUUCUACUCUGCCUGGUCUCUAUCUCGUCGAGAAAAUGGGUCGAAGAGGUCUUCUGCUCAUGGGAGCUAUUGGCAUGUGUAUCUGCCAAUUCAUCGUCGCAAUUACUGGAACGGCCGCCCCAGAAGACAACUUGUCUGCUCAGCGCGCGGCUGUAGCGUUCGUUUGCAUUUACAUCUUCUUCUUCGCUUCCUCCUGGGGUCCGGUCGCUUGGGUCGUUACUGGAGAGCUUUUCCCAUUGAAGGUUCGAGCAAAGUGUUUGUCGCUUACGACGGCUAGCAACUGGCUCCUCAAUUGGGCGAUCGCCUACUCAACCCCCUACCUCGUCAACGACGGCCCCGGAAACGCAAACCUCCAAUCCAAAGUCUUCUUCAUCUGGGGUUCUUUCUGUUUCGUCUGCAUCUCUUUCGUUUGGUUUUGUAUUUACGAAACUAAGGGUUUGUCGCUUGAGGAAGUUGAUGAACUUUAUGCACGGGUGUCGAAGGCUUGGGAGAGUACGAAGUUUGUGCCGGAGAUCAAGUUUAGUGAGGUGCAGAAGGAUGGGAGGAAUUUGAGUAUCGCGGAGGCGGCGGCUGAGGUUGAGAGGAGUAAGAGUGAGACGAGGGUUGUGGAGGAGAAGGGGUUGGCGUAAGGAGAUGCCGUAGAAAUAAGGCUGG